AUGGGCAGCAUCAGACGUAGCAAGACGAAACGUCGCACCCGGUUGGUUCAUUUGUCUACAAAAACAAGCACACGAUAUACUGACACCGCUCGCAGUGACCUUGAUCAAGUCAAGGCUGAUCUAAAAUCCCCCCGGCAUCUCUCCCAACACAAAAGUUCCAAAGCCGCUGAAGAUUUGCCCGGACUGGGCGCAUUCUAUUGCAUCGAAUGUGCAAAGUAUUUCUCAGACAGUCAUAAUCUCAACGAGCAUCGGAGAGGCAAGAUACACAAGAGACGUGUCCGGAUGCUUAAGGAAGAGGCACAUUCUCAAAAACUCGCAGAGGCAGCUGUGGGCUUGGGCACAGAUAACGGCCUUCGAGAGCGAAACACCGAAGCCAUGGAAGACGUAUGA